CCAGCCCAGACAGCCGGCGGCAACGGGAACGAUAUUUCUCGGUGUGUCUUUCCACGAUUAUUCGCUGCCGGGUAUCCAUAAAUAAUAGUCGAUUGGCUGAAAAGGGUGAAAAAACAAUCCUGACCCCUGCACAGAGAUAUGAGCGGCAGCGGGCGGCCCAGGACCAGCUCGUUUGCUGAGCCGCCAGGUAUUCCAGGAACCGCUGCUGCGUCCACCGGAUCAGCCGCUGCCGUGGGGAGCAGCACAGGAAAGUCCGGGGUCCCGCAGGCCUCUGGCAGCAGCUCGUCGGGAUGCUCGAACCUAAAGCUUGCCAGAGACAGCGGGAAGGUGACAACUGUCGUGGCCACUCCAGGUCAAGGACCAGACCGCCCACAGGAGGUCUCUUACACUGACAUCAAGGUGAUUGGAAAUGGGUCAUUUGGUGUGGUGUACCAAGCUCGCCUCAUUGACAGCCAAGAGAUGGUGGCCAUCAAGAAGGUUCUACAGGAUAAAAGGUUUAAGAAUCGAGAAUUACAGAUCAUGAGGAAACUGGACCACUGCAACAUAGUCAGACUACGCUACUUCUUUUACUCCAGUGGAGAAAAGAAAGAUGAAGUAUAUCUCAACCUAGUGCUGGACUUUGUCCCUGAGACGGUCUACAGGGUUGCCAGGCAUUUUAACAAGGCCAAGAGCAUCAUUCCUAUUAUAUAUGUGAAGGUGUACAUGUACCAGUUGUUUCGCAGUCUGGCUUAUAUCCAUUCCCAGGGCGUGUGUCACAGAGACAUCAAGCCCCAAAACCUGCUCGUUGACCCAGAAACUGCCAUUCUCAAGCUGUGUGACUUUGGCAGCGCUAAGCAGCUGGUCCGCGGUGAACCCAAUGUGUCCUAUAUCUGCUCUCGGUAUUAUCGCGCCCCUGAGCUCAUCUUUGGUGCCACAGACUACACGGCAAACAUUGACAUCUGGUCAGCAGGCUGUGUACUGGCUGAACUGCUGCUCGGACAACCCAUAUUCCCCGGAGACAGUGGAGUAGACCAACUUGUAGAGAUUAUCAAGGUGCUUGGAACCCCAACAAGGGAACAAAUCCGAGAGAUGAACCCAAACUAUACAGAGUUCAAGUUCCCUCAGAUCAAAGCUCAUCCAUGGACCAAGGUGUUUAAACCUCGCACUCCUCCAGAAGCCAUCGCUCUCUGCUCCCGGCUGCUGGAGUACACGCCGGCCUCUCGGCUGUCCCCGUUAGAGGCCUGCUCACACGCCUUCUUCGACGAGCUUCGCCAGCCAAACACACGACUGCCCAGUGGCCGAGACCUGCCCAUGCUCUUCAACUUCAGCCCCACAGAGCUGUCAAUCCAGCCUCAGUUGAACUCCACACUCAUUCCUCCUCACGCUCGUUCUCACACAGCUGCUUCCGCCCACGAUGGUACUGGCUCGGAUUCAUCUCAGCACAGUUCAGUACCCGGAUCCCUUAACAGCAUCUGAAGCAGCUUCUCACCUGCCUGCCUGUCAGCCUCACCCUUACCUCAGACACAUACACACAUAUAUACACACACUGUACUACUUUCCUCCAUGCUGCUUGCUCUCCUCUUAGAUGAUCUGUUCUGUACAGUGAAAACAUUGAACAAACAAACGUUAGAUCUGUAGCUGGGUGAAAACUACAGCAGCAGAUUGUUACUCAGAGUUUGGCUGCUGCUCGGGUGGUUUGUGAAGGUUCAAUAGUGGGGGCUGGUCCUCUGUAAUAUAACCUUUUGUUUUUUAAAUCAUCAUUUCUUCUUUAUAUUUGUGUUUAUUUAUUUGACCAAUUGAAAGAAUCAUGUGAUCACAAAGCAUUUUUGUUUUUAUUUUCUUCAGAUUAUUUUUUUAUUCUUCAGUGUUUCUGAGUCCCUGUUAGUGAGGGGUGAUCUGAUGCAAGGAGCCAUAAGAUUUUGCUAAUCCAGCCUGAUGUUUAGGCUUGAACCAAACCUCCAGGUGUCAGUAAUUUAUCUGCUUAAUCUCUGAGUAGGGUAGAGGAGUAGCCCUUAUUGGUGUCAGGCUGGAGGGAUACUUGCAUAAAUCAGACUGAACUGGAAGUAAGCCGCUGUCAGUAAAACACUAACUUCUGUCACUGAGCACAUCUUGCAUCUAUUUGUUCGUUUAACUGAUUAAAAGGCAUUUUGCCUCAGAAAAGAGGGAAUUUAUCCUCUAAAACUAAAGUUAAUAACUGACAAGGCAGAGUGUGCUUCAUGUUUGUACUAAUAACCACUAAAUCACACAGUCACAUAACUACAGGAUAUAACUCAGUAUGUUUACAUGCAGUCAGAAAAAGUCUAAAUAUCAUGUCAGUCCGACUAUAUCUGGACUUUUAAAAUGAAUGUAAUUAUGUAGUCUGACUGACAUUGUACUUUAAAAUAUGGUUGCAGAUGGUUUUCUCUUGCAUGCCUCAGUUAAGCUGGGUGUACACUGUGCGAAUUUCAUCUGAUUCAGCCACAAAUUUUGAGUCUGAAAACAUGGCAAUUUUGGGUUGGAUCGAGCAUCAUUUGCUGUGCUGUGUAGGUAGUGACAUGACUGCUGACCACAACCCGAUCACAGCCCAACCAGCUGCUCCUGGCUGGUCGGAUGAGUUUCUGACGUUUCAUAUUUUGGUCGUAUGACUCCAUACUCUCCCACAGUGAGAGCAGAACCACAAGCAAAAUCCUCUACUUUGUAAACUGUCAGACAGUGUCUUAAAUUAGCAUGACAACAGUAGGAAUGACUUUCUAAUGUCCCACAAUAAUGAGUAGUGAAUAAUCCUGCCACCAGACCUGCAGCUGACAUGAAUAUGUGUGAGAGAUAGAGGGAGAUGUAGCGUGAGAGAGCAAGGGCAUGACUGAAUAUGACUUCAGUUUCACUAUGUGAAACAUUUUCAAAGGAAACUCCACAUAUUUUGUCACAAUCCAUUCCAAUUUCCCUCUUACAGUGUGAGCACAUAAAUCACACUUGGUUGUCGUUCGUCUUAAUUCAGUCGUACAGUAUGAGCUGACAUUCCCCCAACUGACAGAGUCAUCGUUAAAAUUGCACAGUGUACGCCUGGCUUUAGACCCAAGCUUGCCGAGGCAUUCUGCACAUGCUUACAUUGUCCUCGUCAGACUUUGACCCUGAAGUCAAUGAGCAUAAAUGCUAAGCAUGGCAGAGCUUUCAUCAACUUCUGUCUUCAGAUAUCACCACAUAGGCUGGAGGGAUCGCGUGCAUCUAAUUUGUAACUAAAGUAAAGCAAAGACAGAGCUGUAAUAUAAGAUUGUCCUCAGUAACGAGCCAAAAGCAGGCAUAUCAUCACCAACUAUAGCAGAGGUGGACAUGGAUUCUUCUGCUUGGCAAUUAAAUAUCAUAACCAUGCUAGUAAUAGCAGUAGUAGCUUGAUUUUGCUGGGUAUGUAAACAUACUGACUUAAAAGUUUUUUAUUUAAAAUGUUAAGAUGUUGAUCAUUCUGUAUCAGAUACUUUUGAGGAAUUACUUGUUAAAGAAAAAUAACCAAAUUCAAGCUAUUUUGGUUGAAUUGAAUCAGUAGAAGUCAAAGUUUUCUCCUCCCAGUCUCAAGAAAGAUCCUCAAUACUCCAUUCAGCACUCAGCCUUAGUUCAUACAACUGAUGGAUGCAUUAACAGGUGAGCUGCAAGAAUUCACUCUAUUUUUCAUUAUUGAUGCAACAAAAAAAUUACAACUCUUUUUUAUUUGAAGUUUUAAGAUAGAGGAAAAACGUAUAAACUGAGGUUUUUUAAAUGAUCAUAUGUUAGGAUGUCACUGUGAGUAGUGAGAAAAUCUUUGUCACUGUUUUGGAAAAAUGAGACCUUUAAAAGCUUUGGGAAGAUGUCACCUGUGAUUGACUCUUUAUUCUGAAAGGAAUUGGCUUGUUUUAAUUUGUUUAACUUGAGAAGAUUGUGAACGUUUCUGUCUGAUGCUUGAAACCAUUAAGAAUUUUAACACUGAUGUUGUCUAAUCAAAAAGUCAUUGGUGGUGGAAGUCCCCUUCAGUCUGUCCUGAUGUCUGUGUUGGAAAUAACGCUUUUAAAGGUCAGUCCUUCUGUCGUUAAAUCCAGCAGAGAAACAUGAGCUUUGGGUGUGGGAUUAACUGUUUCAUUAAGCAUAAUGGGGAGGGUUACUUCAUGUAGAUUUAUUUAUUUGUUUCUGGAUGUUGAGGAGGUUUUAAAAUGGUGUUACAGCUUCUUAAGCGAGCAAAAUUAACUGAGGAUUAAUGGAUGUGCUGGAAGGCCUAAUGUGAAAACAGUAGUCAAACAUGGACUUAAAGCGGGGCAGUUUGUGUUAGCUUGCUGUAUGUUUGUGUGCUCUUGUACUUCUUUGUGAGGACUGAUUUGAGUUCAGCCCACAGAUCUGGUUUUAUGUUCAAAGUAAGGAUUAAUUUAAGGGUAAGAGAAUGUAUAACGACAGCCACUGCCCUCCUCCUUUGAUUGGAGUACAAAUGUAUGUGUGUGCGUGUGUCUGAGCAUAUUCAAACCUGCAGUCUAAACAGUGUUUUAGGGAUUAGAGCCGUAAACAAUACAGAUCUUUAGCAAGCAGUACAGACCACUUGAAAGUUUGUAGGUUAUAGUAUAUUUGAUACUACCAUGCCUCCACCUGCUGUUUUUAACUGCAGCCAUGUUGUUUUUUUUUUUUGUUUUUUUUUUUUUUUUUUUUUUUUUAAAUUCUGCGUGCAGAGCUCUGACGAGUCUCGAUGUUUUUGACUUCCUCCAUACUCAGCACAUUCACAUUAAUUUUAUAUGAGGAGAGUAGAGAGCAUUUUUCAUCCUCUUUCCCUCCCAGCUGUUCUGGGUUUCAAAUUCUCAUCUUUCAGUCCUGUGGGCACAUUUUCAGCUUUCUUUGCUCUGAAGAGUCAAAUCAGUAUGUUCGAUAAACUCUGCUAAACUCACGCUCAGAGCUGUCAGAUUAUCUGUGGCUAUGAAACAGUGUGAAAAAAAAACAGCCAGGAGAAUCAAACAGCUGAUAUUUCUCUUUCCCAAUCUCAGAAGCCAUUUUUCCCCUCACUCUCCUUCUCUUAUCGCACAUGUAAAUAUCACUGAUUUUUAUUUUUCUCUUUUUACUUUUUAUUACAGAGUUGUUUAUAUCUUAUUCCCCUCAUCCUGUCGAUGAAAGCAGUCUUAGUUUGUGCAUUUUUUGUAAAUAAGUUUCUUUUUUCACAGUUCAAAAUGUAAAUACUGCAAAGGAGAAAAACUCAUCCUACUGCUCAUGUUUGUUGAUGAUCUUUCUCUCUUUCUUCCUCUCUUGUUGUCGAGUGAGAAUUGUAAAGUAGCUGUUAACAACAUUGUUAAUAAGCUGUCAUCUCUCGUAGAUCCUCUGUGGGACUGUCUGACUGUUGAAUGAAUUAAUGAAUAUUUCAGGAGUUCUGUUCCAAAAUCAUCUUCAUUUUAACUCAUAAAAAUUACCCAAACUCUUUAAGAACUAAUGGACUGAGGCAUGUCACAGCAGUGUCCUAAUGCUGCAUUUCCACCAAGCUUUCUGGUUUGGUUCAGUACAGUUUGGCACAGUUUGGUUAUGCCUAUUAAACAACAACAAUGGAAAAAGAAAUCCAGCUCUUCUAUGGUAUCCAUCUCCUGUUGAUCACAUAAAAGGCCUGGUUUUUAGAGCUGGUAUUUUACUUUAACCCAUACCCCACAAGGUUUUUAUGCUAUAAAGUAUAUCACUGUUUCCUUUUAAGAAGUGUUUUAAGAGAAAAACAGGUCAGUUUGGUGCAAAAUACAGUUAUUUUCCAUUAUAACCACUAUCCCACAGGAAGUGAUGAUUCUUUCUACCAAGCAUGUGACUGUAGUGAGUCUGGAUCUGCUGUUUUGGGUCAGACACUUGGUAUCCCAACACAGGUUGCCAAAAAAUAGUGUAGAAUGGAUCAGUUGUUUUAGAAACUUUCCCAACUUUUGACAGUUGAAACACAAAUAAUUGCAACUGUACCGAAACAGGGCGCCGGUAAUGCUCAGUUGGUAGAGUAGCCGCCCAUAUACAGAGGUUGUAGUCCAUAAUGCACUGGUCAUGGGAUUGAUUCCCAGUCUUGGCGGUGUUUGGUGCUCUCUCUCCCCAUAUUUCCUGUAUCCUUUCAGUUGUCCUAUCAGAAUAAAGGCAAAAAGCCACAUAAUCUUUAAAAACUGUACCAAACCAGAACGCUCGGUGGAAACCACUUCAGCUUGAAUCUGGCCAUGGAUAUAUGAUACUCCUCCCACCAACCUCUUCACAAGUGUCUACUUUUGUCCCAUACAGCUAAAAUAUGUAGAAAUGUUUGAAAUCAUCAUGUUAGGUUUUAGCCUUCUUUUUAAAAAAGGAUUGUAUUUAAAUUCAUUUUUCCCCUUUGAAGCCCCUCAAUCAGAGCUAUUAAGAGUGGAAAAUCAUAUUUAACUGAAUGCCCACAAGAGGCCGCUAUUAACACAUUAUUAGAUACAUUCUUUACAUGCGUACCUCUGCCAAUCAGAGUUGUCAAAAUACAUUUACAACUUUAAAAGUUGAAGCAACUCCCAGCCUUUCGAUGUUUGUGUUUCAUUUUAUUUUCAAGAAUUUUUCAAUCAUAUAGUGGCGAGGCUGACCUUUAGGCAUGCACUGUGUUCAGCUUAGCACCAAGAAAGCAUUUCUUAAUUAUAUAAACACUAAAAACAACCAAAAUGCACGGACUUCUCAAUAUGAGACUAUUCCAGUAAUCGGAAAUAUGAAAGACGCACAACCAAACAAAAAGGAAAAAAAAUAAUUUAGUUAAAUUUACCUAUUUCUUUUUCAGAUUUUAAGUUAUAGCCUUAAAACCCAAUCCCUCACAACAGCAGCUUUAAAAUAGAAACUGCUAAGUAUCAAAAUGGCGUUAGCUGUUACCUUUCCUGCCUCUCUUGCUCCUCAAAUAGUUCUCUUCCAGUACAGAAGACAUAUGAACUGCUGGUCUUAUUUUCCCACAGUGGUGUUUGUUUUGAACAGAACUUCCUCCUUGUGUCAGAUUGCAAUAUUCUAUUACUGUGCAGUAUUGAGAAAUGUUUUAGCUACAGAUGUGAAAUGUCUGACUUGUGUGAUAUCAAAAGUGUUUAGUUGGACUAGAAGUAACAUUUGAUGUCCAGCGGAUACUCAACAUGGGCAUUUUGUAUUAUGCGUGCUGUAGGGCAUUCAGACUUGCUGCUAAUGAACAUGAGAUGUCAGAUAUGGACAUUUUUGUGUUGUUACUGCCGACAGAGCCACUUAUCAGCUAUGUGUGUAUGAUUGUGUGCGUGGCCAGGAAACAUGCAGAAAUAUUGCUGUGCAUUAAUCUCAGAAAAUGUACUUCUGUUUGUUUUUAAAUUCUCCUUUAAUGCACUAAAGGGAUGUCACUAUUUACGUCACUUUGAUUUCAUACUUUUCCUGCGAUGUUAUGACUCUGGUGUUGUUUGGCCGGGAUGGACUGUUGUACUGAAGUGAUGGAGGGGGAAAGAGAGAAAGAAACACAAACCUGUCUGUCUCUGUUCUGUGUGUGUAUCAUAUGGACUCAUUUACUGUAAUAAAGUGAUGAAACUGUGUUCA